AUGCUCCUAAGCAAUUGGCGAUUAGUUUUUUCCCUUCACCAGCUAACAAAUGGCGACAAUGAUUUAACUGUGGCUGACCAAGAAUUUGAAAUCGAAGGCACUCAGGCGCUAAUAUCCAUUAGCCCUUCUUUUAAUCGUGUUGCGGGAGAAAUGAUCCCCACAUUUCUAGAAUUUCGCAUCGCUGAUUUUCAUACCGUGUGGCUCAGAACAGCCAGUAAUACUGACAGGAUGGUUAUCAUACUGGAUGCCCAAUUCGGCGCUAAGGAGCUGCGUAUAUCUGGAAUAUUAGCACGGCUUGCCUGCGAGAAAAUGCUGUCUGCUUCUUUCUAUAAUAUGGUUAGGAUUUGGGAGCUGGAUCUUCCUAUUCAAUCUUCAACCUUUGAAGGUCACAUAGUACGCCACAAAAACCGUAAUAUCGAGAGCAGAGACGCACAUGAUAGGAACCUACAAUCUGUGAAAUACACUGGAAGAGGCUCCACAUAUAAACCCUUGGUUGCCUUAGGUCACAUGACAGUUCCUCAUGCCUCUGGUGCUCUUCCAAGCUUCACAGAGUUAGCAGCUGAAAUGGGUAAUGGAGACUGGUUCCACGGACCCGCUGAAGCAUUUGUGCACGCCGUAUGCAUGCGUCUAAGACGGCUGGUUUCAAGGGUAUCGGCGCAAGAGCACGAGUGGGUAUUGACGGAAUUCUUAAAAGCAAGUAAACAAGACCAGUUUCGGAGAUUCACUACCACAUUAUGGAGAAGGCUCAGAAGAUGGUCGAUGUCACUCGGAAUUCAUAAGCUGCUUUUCGGUAAGGUAGGGCAUGGAAAAUCCGGACGAUGGCAAGGUAACGUUACAGUCCGGCAUUCUCGCCAAAGCUUCCUGUCGGUUCCCCGUUCUUCUGAUCGGACAACGAAGUUGCGAGGAGUGAGAUAUCAUCCCGAUAGGAGGAAUGAGAUUCUUUUGCAGUUCAGCCCAAAUCAUGGAAUAGUUCAGAUGUUAUGGUCACAACCGUACGUCUACACCUGGACUGAUUGGGCACCCGUGAUCUUGCAAGGUCUAAUCAUUAGACGACUAGCAAUCACGACUUACCAGGGUAACCGGAGGUAUCCAUUCCAAAUAGCCACAUCGUGCUGUUGGCCAACUUUGAGCUGGAAGGGAUUUAAUGCCCCUCUAGUAUUAUGCAUGCAGCAGCUCUCUGCUGUUAUGACAAUUUCCAUUAUUGAAUGCAUAACCAAGAGUCUUUUUCGAAACAAAGCUACCCGUGCCGCAUGUCGCACGUGUCUCACGCGAUAUCAUACCCAUGUACUGCACUAUUCACUCAUUAGGCAUAGCUCCUAUCUCGUACAGUAUAUAGUCAGCUUAGAGCUCUAUCGAGCUCCUCAGACCUUACAAUACACUCAUUCCACCUUGUUUGGAUCUCGAUCCCUUGUCGAGUCGUUUGCCAUAUGUCCCCUCCUCAGCUCAUGCAAGAGUUAUGAGCCCGGAUCACCACUGCACAGUUAG